AUGGACGCUCGUGAAGCAGCCUUACAAUCAGCUAUCAGCGAUCUCAACACAGGUGUUUAUUCUAGCCAGCGAGCUGCAGCUAAGGCGUACGGUAUCCCUCGGUCAACUCUCUCGACGCGCCUAAAUGGCGUCACCAACAGACGCAUUAGCCAUCAGCACCGGCAGCGGCUGACCCCUCUACAAGAGGAUUUCCUCGUUGACUGGAUCCUCGAAGAGGACGCUCGCGGCUACCCCCCUCCACACGCGCGCGCGCGAGAAAUGGCGAAUCGAAUCCUGCGUAUAAAUGGCGACGCUCAGCCUGUUGGCAAGCUCUAG